AUGGCUGAGCAGGCAGCACAAGUGGAAGGCGCCGAACCACCCCCGCAGGGGCAAGAUGUGCUUCGCAGUAUCGGGUUGGCAAUAACGGUGCUGGCGCUCAUUCUCCCCAUUCCUUUCCUCCUGGUGCGCAUAUACACGCCGUGGAAGCUCUCAUCUCCCCUGCGAGUCGACGACUGGCCCUGCGCCGCGGCAGUCCUAUUCGGCAUCGCAUACCUUACAAGUGGCAUUGUCUUCGCAGAGCACGGUGGUGGCCACCACGUCUGGGAGGUCACAGUGCCACAGCUCCAGAGCUUCCUGGAGACUGCUUAUUGGAACUCGAUCGCCCACACCCCUGCUGCCCUUUUCAUCAAGUGUACGUUACUCCUCAUCGCCGUGCGGGCGUUUCGGGGCAACAGGCUCUUUACGUGCGUCGGAUAUGGCCUCGUCGCUGUCAUGGUGGGCUAUCAUGUACCCUUGACUGUGUUUAAGAUCAUGACGUGCAGGCCGAUACGAGGAUAUUGGGACUAUAGUGAAGAAUCAAACUGCUACGACUACCGGCUGGUCUUUCUAUCUGACGCUAUCGGGGCGGUCAUCACCGACAUCCUGGUGAUGCUGAUAGCGCUCCCGUUGAUAUUGCUUCGGGUGGCUCGCUUGAAGAUGUAUUUGAUGCUGGGAGCUGGAAGUGUGAGUAACUAA